GGGGCGGCUGCAGUUCGUUUUGAUUUUAUUUUUAGUGCACAUUUUCAUCCAAAAAAACCCGACAUUUCACCGCAGUUUGUUUUCUUUGCGCCUGAACUCUUAGCACCUGUAAAACGCCUGUAAAAAAGAGAGCACACCGGGGACGUCUUUUUUCUGUUUCUUUUUUUAUUUUCACAAUACGUGUUUUUUAUUUUUAGGGGCUCUCCUGCAGCAUAGAGCGACUGUCGGAUGCGCGGCGGGGUUUUCAGCAGUCGGAGAGGUCUGGUGAGAUUCAGCACCACAUCAGCUUUGAACAGCUCCGGGUCGUCGCAUGUGGAUGGGCUCUGUCUGUCUCCGCGUCUCCAGCAGCUCCUAACUACCGGCAACAAUGGCAUCACAGGGUUUCUGGUCUCUUGGCGCAGAUAAUGCAGGGGCCAAUACCGGGACUCAGAGCCCCAGCACGCCCAGGGCUUGGUGCCAAGCGGCGGCCCAGAAAUUAUCCGGAGGACUCGGAUCGAAAUUAUGUGCGCUGCUAAACGUCGCGGAGGUGGAGAAACCCGCCGAUCCGGCCACCAAGCAGCCGCCGGAGACAGAGACAGAGACAGAGGCUGCCGGCUCGUGCGGCUGCAACAAAUCCUGCAACUGCACCAAAGCUCCCCUGGUCUUCUCCGACCUCUAUUCAACAGACCUGUUACCUGCCCUGGACAGCGACGCCAAAACAAUGACCUUCCUGCAGGAAGUCGUGGAUAUUUUACUGGCCUACAUCGUGGAGUCUUUCGACCGGGAAACUAAAGUUAUUGAUUUUCAUUACCCGAACGAGCUGCUCCAGAUGAACAACUGGGAGCUGCAGGGCGAGCCGGCCUCGCUGGAUGACAUCUUGAUCAGCUGCCGCGCGACCCUCAAAUACGCCAUCAAAACAGCCCAUCCCAGGUACUUCAAUCAGCUCUCCACAGGAUUAGACAUGGUGGGACUGGCAGCCGAUUGGCUAACGUCCACGGCCAACACCAAUAUGUUCACCUAUGAGGUGGCUCCUGUCUUCGUGCUGCUGGAGUACGUCACUCUGAAGAAGAUGAGGGAGAUCGUCGGCUGGUCGGAUGGGCGAGGAGACGGCAUUUUCUCUCCUGGUGGUGCUAUUUCCAACAUGUACGCCAUGCUGCUGGCCCGCUUCAAGAUGUUCCCCGAAGUGAAGGAGAAAGGAAUGUCAUCUGUUCCCAGACUGGUGGCCUUCACAUCCGAACAUAGCCAUUUCUCAAUCAAAAAAGCAUCAGCAGCUCUUGGCAUCGGGACGGAGAGUGUGAUCUGCAUCAAAGUAGAUGAAAGUGGUAAAAUGAUCCCAGCUGACCUUGAGAGGAGAAUACUGGAGGCGAAACAGAAGGGCUUUGUUCCCUUCUUUGUAAGCGCGACGGCCGGAACGACGGUGUACGGAGCCUUUGACCCUCUCAUCGCCAUUUCUGACGUCUGCAAAAAGUACGACGUCUGGAUGCACGUGGACGGUGCGUGGGGAGGAAGUCUGCUCAUGUCCCGGAGACACAGGUGGAAGCUGGAUGGGGUUGACAGGGCCAAUUCAGUAACAUGGAACCCACACAAGAUGAUGUCCGUCCCUCUGCAGUGUUCAGCCCUGCUGGUCAGAGAGGAGGGUCUGAUGCAGAACUGCAACCAGAUGCACGCCUGCUACCUGUUCCAGCAGGACAAACACUACGACCUUUCCUACGACACCGGGGACAAAGCGAUGCAGUGCGGACGCCACGUGGACAUCUUCAAGCUGUGGCUCAUGUGGAGGGCUAAGGGCACCAUCGGGUUUGAGGCUCAGAUCGACAAGUGUCUGGAGCUGUCGGAGUACCUCUACAACAAGAUCAAAGACAGAGAAGGAUACGAGAUGGUCUUCAAUGGGAAACCUCAGCACACCAACGUCUGCUUCUGGUACCUCCCUCCUGGGAUCCGCUACAUGGAGGACAACGAGGAGAGAAAGAAACACUUGCACAAGGUGGCUCCGGUGAUAAAGGCCAGGAUGAUGGAGUACGGCACGACCAUGGUCAGCUACCAACCGCAAGGAGACAAGGUCAACUUUUUCCGCAUGGUGAUCUCAAAUCCCGCGGCGACCUUCGAGGACAUCGACUUUCUUAUCGAGGAGAUCGAGCGACUCGGCCAUGAUCUAUAAGACUCGCCUCGCCAAAUCCUCCCGUACGUUUCCCCCUUGACGGAUGAAUUGUUUGUCGUGAAUGUACUGGUAAACGUUUUUCUUUUCUCUCUCUUUCCUCCAAACGUCACAUAUUUAAGAGUAUAUUUGAGGGAAAAAAAGAUCUACAGAUAUAUAUAUAUAUAUACUGUAUAUAUAUAUCCAUAUAUUAUGUAUUGUAGCUUUGCCGUGGACUAACUUGGUCCAAAGCUAUGUAAAAGUGCUUCUGUCUGCAUUUCCUAUAGUGUAGUAGAUCCCAGUAAGUGAUGUAACUUGUACUUUUUGUGAUAUGAAACGCUUGUGCAAUAGGUCGAUGAGGAAGAGUUUUUUAUUUGUGGGAUCAUUUCUCAUUUGCAGAGUAUGUUGUUAAGUGCCAAACGUGGUCGUGUUCUACUGUAACUUUACAAUUUAAACUUCUGGUUUAAAACAAAAAAAAGCACUUCACCUUACCUCAGCGUAAUCAACUGCCUUUACAUCUGCACAUAGUACGUCAAGCAGUGUUGUUGGUCGUUUUUCUCCUGACUGGUGAUGUAUAGCAGCACCAGCACAUGUUAGACAAACUGGAGCAGGCCGUCAGUAGUAAAUAUGUACAAAAGAAGGCAUUUCUAUCAAAAUUACACAACAGCAAAGAAUUUAUGAAGGCGUGUUGCUCCAUCGCGCUUCACAUCAGCCUCUGACAGUUUGAUCUGCAGCUUACGAUGCUUAUUUAAUAUUGCAGCAACACUUUAUACUCAUUUUACAUACGCACUUCUCUCCGGUGUAUUUAAGGUUGUAAAGGCUCGUUUUGUUAGCUGUGCUGAGUGUGCUUUACAUGAUGAAAUGAUCUAAACUGAGAAUAAUCAACAUUGAAGCGGUAGCGUUAAGUUAUAAUCCUUAAUAUUAUUCUUUAUUUCAAACCCCGUUGUUUCGCUACGAUGAACAUUUGUGUAGCCAUUCAAAGUAUUUGGAGAUUUUAAUCGCCUCUCUUUACAGUAGUUUUAAUUGUUGGCGGCGGAGCUUUGAACUUUCGCAACAAAACUAUUUGAUUAGGGUGGUUUGGGUUAAAAUAAGUAAGUUUGUUAGGUAGCUAGCGUUAGUUAAGUGCUGAAGUUACAUAACAAAACUACGGUAAAUUAAGUCAACGUUAACUUGGUUUCACACGAAACAUGAACAGCGGUCUUGUGGGCGAAAGUCCCGUGUUUGACAAAGCAAAUUCCCUCCAACGGGCCCACUGAUAACAUACGCUUGUUGGGCCAGUGGGCAUCACAUGACCUGCAGUACCUACUGUGGCCACUAUGACUACGCAGCGCCGAGUUGUUCCUGGCAGUUUCGUCGCGCACUUUCUGUUAUCAAAAUGAAUCGUUAAGGAUUAUAACUUUGAUGAGCACUUAAUGAAAGAUCAAGGAUCUUUAAGAAAACUGGGAACGGGACAAUAAUGGUGUUUUGUCUGAGUAGAGGAACUUCACCAGACUUGCAGCUACUGCAUACCUGACAUCUAUUGCACUAAAUCAGGAGGAGGAGUAUCCCUUAGCAUUGCAACUGAGAUUUCUUCUUUAUUCAUUCACAAGCAAUAUUUCAGUAUGGGUCCAAUCUAUACACCCUGCAAAACAAAAGCUCUAAUUCAAGCGUACAAUAGUUAACGGUAAUCAAGUUAAACAUGCUUACUGUAGGCAGGUUAUAGUUGAUGGAAAGUGAACCCUGAUUUUAAGAAAAGCAGGGCUUCACUCGCAUUUUCAUUAGAACAAGUUAGAAAAGCACAAUUUGCUCAACACGGUUGCUCAGUGUACAAUCACUUUUGAUCAUAGAUUGUAAAUAGUAUUUCAAGAUGUCCUAAGUACAUAUCUUUGUGUAUACAUAAGUGUAUAUAAUACGUAUAAUCAGAGACUAUUUGUGAGGUAAAGUUAUUCAUAUUUUCUCUAUCUCCAAUAUAGAUUACUUGUAUUUUCAUCCUGUUUGUCCAAAAGGCUUUUUUCCUGUGUGUGGUGUGUGUGUGUGUGUGCGCGCGUGUGUGUGUGUGUGUGUGUGUGUGUGUGUGUGUGUGUCAGUGUCAGAUACUUGACUUGGUUUGUGACUCUUCUGCUAUUUCAAAGAAAACAUGUUUCAGGGACUGGCUUUAAAGAAACUGACAGAUUUCACCUCAAAACACUUGCGAGUCUUUUGCGAAGAGACUCUGGUGUUUUGAUUUUAAAUGAAUAUGCAAAGCCACUUUUCACUCUGAAGCCCUGUGUUUUUGUGAAUACUUGACAGUGUGUGCCAAUGUGUACCUUAGUGUGUUUGUAACUGUGUUGCCUUAGUAUAAAUUUGCCAGUAUUGUCUAGUUUUCCUCCAAAGGGGAGGUUGUGCACUUUAGAGUAUACACAUGAUAACGUGCAAUGUGCAAUCGUUGUUCAUAAAUUGAUGUUUAAAAAAAAAACUCAAAAAUGUAACUUGGUCUGAAUGUGACAUGCAUCAAGAGUCUUUUUUUGUUUGCAUUUUACAGACAUUAUGAAAGUUUUACAUCCCAACAGAGAUUAGAUUUAUUAAUCCUAAUUCCCAGAUUUAAAAAGAAAUUGGCGUGAACACUGUGACACGGACAACGUCAGAUUUAUUACAGCGACACAGGAAUCUCACUGUGGCGGUCGUGGAAAGCCGGACAUUUUUCUUCUCUUGCUGCUGCUGCUAGACUUGCUUCCUUUGCACGUGCAUGCGAUGCCUUGCCUAUCCAGCUUGUUCGAUAUCUCCUAUAUAUCUAUUUCUCUCUAUAUAUAUAUAUAUAUAUAUAAAUAUAUACAGUAUGUGUAGCUCCUGUAAUUAGCUUUAGUGUCCGACGUAUAGCUUUAGCCUGUAGAUUAGUGCACUGUCGCUCGAGCCUUUACAUGUGAUUCUCUGUGUCUUGGGCUUCCUGUAAAGUUUCUCCGUGCCGCAAGCAUGCUAACCUCGCCUAGCAUUGUAAUCCUCUCCGCGCUUGAUCUCACUAUCUCUAUCCUCUGUCUUUCUUCUUCUGCUUGAAGACUGUCGCAGCUCUGAACGUAAAGUAUUAUAUAUCUAUCUAUCUAUCUAUCUAUCUAUCUAUAUGUGUGUAGCCCCUCAGCAUGUCUCUCUGAAAGCUCUUUUCUGCUCUGUACCUGUACGACCUUUUCUCUCUUUCUCUUCCUGCUUCGCCCUCCUCUAGCAGUGACAUUGUCACCUCACGCUUUCCUCCAACGUUUCUCGGCUGCCCGUUGUCGUUCCGUUUUUUUCCGUGUCGGGUGUGUUGACUCGUGUCACGGUGCCAUAACGUCGCCAUUUUAUUUUGGUUUCACCGAAAGGCCCUUGACUCAAAGGGAUGUAUGAGAAACAAUCAAUAAGAUGUAAACUUGAUUGUCCAAAAACUUGUCCAAUACAAGUGUUGUUAGCCUUUAACACAAGUAUAGAAAAUAUAUAAAUAUAAACCCUGGUUUCUUGCUUACAGGAAUAUAUUGUUUGUUGAACAAUUAAAAUCUCUAGUGCUCAGAGUGCAGUUCACUUUCACGUAUGAUUUUAAAUCGUAUGUUCUGCAAACUGCUGUGCUAGCUUCUCUCAAACAUUCAUUUGUCCUGAACUAUAUGUUACUGUUGGGAAAGUAUAAAUAAAUAUUGUCAAAACAAAGAUUAUUGGAA